CGUGCCCCGCAGACCAGCAACAUGAAAAGCUGCGCGCGCAUCAAUAUCCUAUCGCCAUUUUGGAUUCCACGUCUGUUUUCUAAGCCGUUAAUUCCGCGUUGCAUUUUUCGUCUUUGCGGCUCUCCGUGCUCGAAAAUCUCCCGAAUUUGACCGUCAGCGGCCAGUCUCCUUGUGUAGGGUGUCCCGCCAUGGAGGCGGUACCAGAUCCGAUCCUGCGGACCCUACCACGCGAACUAGAGUUUAGGGAAUCUUCCAUGUUUCCCGAACACAUAGGUGUUUGGGCCAAGAGAACUAUCAAGAGAGGAACAGUGUUUGGUCCAUUUGAAGGAGAAAAGAAGAGACUUCAAGACGUGGAGGAUGAUACUUUUAGCUGGGAGAUUCGUGGUCCCAAAGGGCGUCGUCUGUAUUGCAUCGAUGCAGCUGAUCCCAACAAGGGUAACUGGUUGCGUUAUGUAAAGAGCGCUCGAUAUUACGAAGAACAGAACAUCCUGGCCGCACAAGAAAAGAAAAGCAUCUUCUACAAAGCUAUGAGGGAUAUUCCCCCUGGCAAUGAACUCUUGUGCUGGUUCUCGACGGGCUACGAACCUAAAGUCUCGCCACGUAAGGAAGCCAAUGAUGAAACCAGUGAGGAAACACGGCAAGGUACUGAAUCAGAACCAGAAACAGAGCUUGAACCAGAUCCAGAACCCGAACCACAACCAGAAAAGGAACCAGAACAGGAACCAAAGCUGGAGCAGAAGCAAGAACCAGAUCCGGGACCAGAACCGAAACUUGAGCCGGAACCAAAGCCGGAAACAGUACCAGAACCGCAACUAGAGCCAGGACGGGAGCCGGAACCAGAACUGGAACGAGAACCAGAGCCAGAGCCAGAGCCUGAGGUUGGCCAGACUUCAUCCUCACCUGGCAGCAACCCGCUGGCUAUUGCACUGGGAGGAAUCCAAAUCACCAACGUGGUCUCACUAGCAAGCCCUGAGAAUGUGGCAGAGUUCACUGCAGAUAAUGCAAAUGAAUCGACAGAGGGCGCUAUCCGAAUGCCGGUCCUCGAAAAGAUCAACAAUCAACAGACACGAGACGUUGAGGACGCUACUCAGCAUGGUCCCAUCGACAUACGGAUCUCACCCACAAACCGUAGCUCAUGCGGCUCGCCGCCUUUAAUAUCCCCGAUGUUCAGCAAUAACAUUGGAGACGCACAGGUGGCUAAAGGCGUUGUGAAGGACCGUGAAGAUGGGAACGGUUCAACUAAGAAACCCGUGGACGAAAACGGGAGAGUUGGUAAAGUAGUUGAAAGUGUGAGUUUAUUGGGAUAUAACAUAGGUGAAGAAGAGUCAAACAGUGCAUCGUCCAAUGGAGAGCCUUCACAGUUGGUUAAAAUUGGAGAAAAAGAUGAUGAAGUUGGCAUUAAUGGCGGGAGAGAAGCUGAGAAAGAGGAAACCAAGACAUUAGGUCAGUUACCUAUGCCGACCAUCGUCAUGGCGACAAAUGAGUCCUCAGAAGACAUAUUGUCCAUUGGAUGCUUUUUAAGAAAUCCCAACCACAUGGCGAAGAAGGUUGAUUUCCUUCCCACCACCAAAUACAAAAAGAACGUUAUGAAAUGCCUGACGUGUGGACAGCUCUUCCAGAACGUAGCCGAUCUCAGAAUUCAUUUCGUUAACAAUACAGGUGUGCCUGUUAAAAGGCGACGGAGGUUUAAAAAAGGAAGCAAAAAGGUAGUUAGUAAAAGUGUUAUGACAACUAAGAUCACGCCCGAUAGGCCUACUGGGGAACAGACCAGUGCCAAUGAUAAUGGCAAAGAGGUCGGUAACGAUAACGAAGGGAAUGGAGUGAAUUCCAUCAUUCACGAUAAUGCGAUGGAAAUUCAAAAUGCAUGUACCAACGACGAAUCUACAGCGUCGGAGGUCUUGCCCUCAGUACAACUCGAUCCAGAACCGAGUACCUUGGAGGACCACAUGAACCCAGAGGUGGUCGUACCAGCAGCACCCUUACCUAAAAAGCUUGUGUGUUCCUGUGAGUUCUGUGAGUUGACAUUCGACAGUUUCAAGUCCCUUGAUACCCACGUUCAGGCUCACUAUACAGGCCAGCUGCCGUACAAGUGCAAAAUGUGCAAGACGGAAACCAACACCCUGGCGUCCAUUCACGCUCAUAUAAUAUCGCACCAAAUGAGCGUCGAAUCUCAGCCGAGCUGUGAUCAAGUGACAGAGGUGGUCGACACGGAACCAGGUCACAACGUGGACCAAGGUUCCGAGGGGAGGAUUGAGGAAUUGCAGGGUCGACCAUCUCGCCAUUCCCAACGUAUGCCCAGGCCGUUCGGCAGACGACGGCACUUUCAAAAACCUAUAAAAUCUCACCGCAUGGCCAAACCGCAGGAAGUGGCAGGGAUUUAUGCAAUCCCGCUCGAGGCAUCCCAAGUCAAGAUCAAAAAGGUGAAGGAAAAGAAACGGCACAUCAAUAGAAUCUACCCGUGUAGCUUGUGCAAAAAGAUGUUUGCAUCAUUACCUAAUGUCUAUCGACACAAGCGAGUCUUGCACGGAAUUACUAACACCAGGAGGAGAAGUAGAAUGAGAUUGACACAGAUUAUUCAAGAAGGAGAACAGUCUCAGACGAAUCCCGAAUCUACCACAACGAUGGUGGGUGAUCAGAGAGGACCAGUACCUCAAAUGCAAAACACUAGCCCUAGUGAUGAUUCGUCAACAGAGGGCGUUCUUGCCGUGCCUACUUAUAGUCAGGUACCCUCUAACACGUUCGUAACUAACACACAUUCACCUACAAAUUUUUACGUCUUCGGCGGUACAAAGCGAGUGAGACCCAUCCUGCCUGCACCAACCACGGUUGUGGGAACCAAUAAUCCUUUAGUAAGCAUGCACACUGUGGUGUCAAAGGUGCCUCUCACUUCUUCAUACCAGCAAAAUGUGACUCCCGUCAUGAUCUCUACUUCUGGUUGUCCCAAUGAUGUCACUGAUGACGCAACCAGGGAAUUCGGAAAACAACCAGAGUAUUCUCAGAGCCUGUCUUCUGCUAGCCAAGCCAUCAGCAUUAACUCCGUGAGUCAAAUCAAUGCAGAAUCGGACCAAGUUGGACUUGAAGAUCAAACACAGUCUGGUCCUAAUAUGCAAAGUUACCACUCCGCUGAACAGGUAGUCCAGGCUCCACACAAGUUGGUAUCAAAUUACGGAGAAAAGCCUGUAGCUAUUAACGUUUCUGGAUAUUCGGGCAUCGUACCAAAAUACCAGACCACAGAGGAUAUCUACCAAGACAUGAAUAUACGUCAGUUUUCUGUUGUCAGUCCGCAGUAUGCCAAUACGCCGUCAAAUCAGAACUACCCUCCCACACAGACCGGUCCGUGUCCAAACACUUCAUCCCCUAGUCCAAACGAGGGAACUCUUGCUUCGCAUCAACAGCGUUCAUUCCCGAAGGACAAAGUUUUUGCGCCUAAGCCGACCAUCGGCAACCCGAGCGCGAAAUCUCACAAUCCGCUCCCUUUCAUCCCGACAAAGGAUCUGAAGGUAACGACACAUACUUCCAGCAUGGGAAAUUUGGACACGUUUGGAGCAAUGAACCUGGCUACCAAAAGGCCGUUUGCUCAACCUAGUGGCAACGAAUCUGCUUUGGAUUUAAGCCUUCCAAAGAGAAUGCGACUCGACUCCAAAGAGGUUGCAACGAUUCCUAAGAACCAACCUCCAGAACAAACAGUUCCUUUGGACCUUAGCAAGAAAGCGACAAGCAUUCAAAGUAAUUCUUUCUCUGCCAACGAUGGUUUCAGAAACACAGGUGCGAUGUCAACACAACUCCAGAGGACUUUAGAUGUGGUGAAUGCUCAGGCUGCCUUACAAGUUCAAUCACGCAAAUCAGAUCGCAACAAAUUACAGGUGGUUUCAGCUUCACCAGGGCAUAGCCGCUACUCCAUCGAAGCUGAAAUUAAGCCAGCAUCCAUAUCUGCGACGAUGAAGAAAUCAAGCAUCUUAUACCCAUUACAGAAGAAGGCAUUCUCGCCUCCAAACUUCACAGUAACACCAGUAUCCCACGACGACAAGCAAACCUCAUUCCAGGCCAUUAACCCGAAGCAACCCCCAUCUGUACCAUCAACAAUGUACAGUAAACGCCCUGCCUCGAUUGAGCGUAGCCCCAGCAGUCGUCAAAGUGACGUCAUCCAAAGUACAACUGUUGACAGUUCCAUCCAGAAGACAUUCAAAGACGAGAGUGAUCUGCCCUUACUUGUAAGCAAUAAGAUAGACUUUGCAUGUAAUGUGUGUGGUGUAAUCUUCCCUUCCAUAGCGUCUAUGAGCACACAUGUCAUUGAACACGCCCAAGAUUGGCCCUACAAGUGCGAGUUCUGCGUUUGGCUCUUUCAGAGUCCAGAGAAACUUGCUGCCCACAGAACCCAACACCACCACGUCAAGAAGAUGUACGCAUGUGGUGUCUGCCGUAAAGACUUCGCCUACAAGUCUAAUCUCCAAAAACACCAGGUGGACUGUCAUGGACUAAAGGAAUAUGUCUACAGAGAGUUGAACCCAGGGGAGUUACGCCCGCUUAAUUUCACGGACCCAAGAAGGGCUUGCCACUCCCAGGCCUCAGCCAGCACCCAAGUCCAGCAGCCAGCAAGGGUGUCGUUCAUUGCUCAGGAAAUGAGCAAACUCAGUCCUCUAAAAAUAGGCAAAUUGACGAUUCCAGUCAAGACAUCCUUGCUGGGAGCUUCACUCGUAAAGAGCAAAACUGUGUCCCGGAAACACGUUCCCCUUAAUCCGCAGAGGCACCAUCCUUUUGCUCACGCGCGCCAAAUUGGGUACCUAAGUAUGCUUGCUGACCCAAAGAAUCAGGAACAGCUGAGCGGCACGUUGGUCAACAGGUGCACCAAGUGUGAGAAAGAGUUUGACAGUGUGGCUGAUUUCCAUAAGCACAUAAUGGAAUGUGCUGCAAAACUACAGACGACUCAAGCCAGUGUCGAAGGACCAAAAGCAAAUCAAGAAAGCAAGAUACAUGAAGCCCAGCCAGCACCAUCAACACCGACAGAGAAAGUGUUGAAUCCAAGCAGCCGCAAACCCAAACCUGAACCUAAUCAACAAAUGAAAUCAAACGCCUCAGACAAGCCAAAGAGGGCAAAACCUGGCUUGAAGAUCUACAACCCGAUGAAAUACUCCCGCCGGGAACCGGCAGCCAACAUGGACGACAUCCACACCUGUCAGGGCUGUGGGAAGAAAUUCUACUUCAUCAACAGGUUGGAGAGGCACAUGAGGAUGUGUCCCAAUCGGGAUAAAAUUAAACUUACCCAGAUCCUUCAAGUAAGACAGAUGACAAAGCUUACUGAGGAGACUCUGCUCAAUUACAAACACCAAUGCCCCUUCUGCAAGCAUCACUACACAUACCUGAAGAGUUUGAAGAAACACGCAUUGGUAUGUCAGUUCCGUCCUGCAGAUAUUGUAGAUCCAUUGAAAUAUAUCGAGGAAAACUCGAAAAACAGUACAGAAGUUUCCCGAAGUGGUCGUAACAAAGAAGAAGCUCCCAUGUCAGUAAACGAAGGACAUUCAGGUCCAAGAGCUAGUUUAGAGGCUUGUGCGGAUGGCCCUCGAAAACAGGACAAAAGAUCUAGUAAGGAGUCGAUAUGGAAAUUGGAAGCAAAUAACCAACAAGAAUCAGAAGGAAACAGUGAACCAGCCCAGCGUUUUGCAGUUGUCGAAGGGGAAAGUUACACCGCACCAGGUAACCAACUGCGUCGCUCAACACCAUCUUUCCAACUGCGGUUGAGACGUAUGAGCGUUGGUUUAAAAAAGGGGGAGAAAACACAUGCUGUUGCUCAGUGGAGCUUGGCUGCCCCCAAAAGCAGUGAAACAGCAAGUCCAGAGCAGGCUGCAGCUGACAGUUCAAGUCAUGCUUUGAAGAAAUACCCGAUCAGGGAAAGGUGUCCCUCCAUGACAAUGGGUUACGGAGAAUUAUCUCAUCUUUCAAAUCAAAUUAAGCGUCGUCGAGGGCGGAAAAAGACAGGAGGUCCGCUUAAUCAAGUUGUAGGUGCUUCAAAAAAACGAGGACGAGGAAGGGGGAGAGGAAGAGGACGCGGUAGAGGCGGUAGAGGUGGUGGAGGCUAUAGAGGAGCAAAAAAGCAGGGAGCUUUCGUGACAGAGUCUAGACGGAUGGGAAGUGACAACGAAGAGGUAACAGACGAAGGACCAUCGGCAAGAGGCAGAGGUGGGAGAGGUCGUGGAAGGGGGUCGUAUAGGGGACGGGGUCGAGGACUUGUUAGGGGAAGGGGAAGGGGACGGGGACGAGGGAGGGGGCGUGGUAGAGGCGCAGGGAGAGGAGCAGGUGUAAAUGGAACAGGUAGGAUGCCUUUGGAAGCUAGACAGAUGGGCGAGGAGGUGAAUGCAGACAGUGAUCACGUUAAAUCGCACGAGCUGCUUGUUGACUACGCAAAUUCCGGAGAUGAACAUCCACAAAACCAGUUGGAGACUGAGUCUACUAUGAAUGUAAGACAAGACAAGGAUGAGACAGACGGGAAAAGGAGAGAACAAGAUGGAGAAUUGGUUGAUAAGACGGCUAAUCAGGAUGAUUCUGUUGUCAAAUAUCUUGAGGAGGACGAGGAACAUUUGAAGCAGUCAGAAAAUAAGCCAAAAGGUAGUGUUGACGCCACGCCCGUUUCUUCAGAAAACACAGAGUUCCAGUCACAGCAAGCAUUUCAGUCGGGCCUCCCAGACAACAAGACGUUGACGGAAGAGGUAAAGGGUAGCGUAGACAAGACGGCAACUCUGGCAGAUCCCAUUUCAGCUAUCAUGAGAAAGGCUGAUGGCGUACUUCAAGACGUCACUGGUAUCCACCUUGGAGAUAUUGCACGGAGCGAGGGAAAUAGUUCGGGACCGGUUGGAACUGUUCGACUGCAGGAGAGUGACGCAAACACGACACUGACGUUGGUCGUUGAAUUGCGCGGCUAGUCAAUUUUGGAGGUUUUUGAAAUGCUGUCCUUGUGACGACUUCGGCUUCAACUCUGGCUAUAGAGUGUAAUUUCGGAGCGAAGCAAGUGACAUUCUUCAUACCUUUGGCUUCAUUCUGUUUGAUUUGAUAUUCCAAAAGUAGAUCCUGUAUUCAGCCACAGUCAUCUAAGGCAGGAUUUUAAACUCUCCCAAGCCGGACACGAAACGAAAACCGAGAUUUCGAAAAUGUCAAAUGCAAAUCUUGUGAGUCAGAUAAAUAAAGCAUCCCACCAGGGCCCAAUUUCACGGCGCUGCUUAGCACAAAAAUAG